UAAGUCGUCACUUAGCUUCAGUCUCAAGCUAUUAGAUACUCCGUAUUAUAAUGGGCAUGUCGAUCCGGCAAUUUCUUGAGUUUACAGUAAUAAGUAUUAUUAGUGUUCUUAUCCAUGGGAUAAACGGCCAAACAAACCGUUGGAUUAAUGGCCACGCAACCUUCUAUGGAGUCAACCAAGAUCCCUCCACCUUCGGUGGCGCGUGUGGUUAUGAUAAUCCGUAUCAUGCCGGAUUUGGAGCACACACGACGGCGUUGAGCGCUGCGCUGUUCAGAAACGGGGAAGCAUGCGGCGCGUGCUACCAAGUGAGGUGCAACUACAGGGUGGCGCCCAAAUGGUGCCUCCCCACCCGCGCCUUUGUCACCGUCACCGCCACCAACUUCUGUCCCCCCAACGGCAACGGCGGCUGGUGCGACUCCCCCCGCCACCACUUCGACAUGUCCUUGCCCGCUUUCCUCCGCAUCGCCCGACAAGCCAACGAAGGCGUUGUCCCCGUCCUUUACAGACGGGUGGGGUGUAGGAGGAGAGGGGGAGUGCGAUUUACGUUGAAAGGGCAAUCCAAUUUUAACAUGGUGAUGAUAUCAAACGUGGGAGGGAGUGGAGAUAUAAAGAGUGCAUGGAUGAGGGGAUCUGGGACAAGAACAUGGGUGCCUAUGAUUAGAAACUGGGGAGCCAAUUGGAGCACCAGAUUCGACAUUCGAAGCCAAACCCUUUCUUUCAGAGUAACCUUGACCAGUGGCAAGACCAUGGCCUUCUACAACGUUGUACCUUCUUCUUGGAAGUUUGGGCAGACUUUUGCCUCCCGCAACCAGUUCUAGAUACCUAAGCUUAUACCACAAACACCAUGCAUGCAUGCACACAUUUUAUUUUGAUGCAUGCAUUAUCUGUUCCGAAAGAUGCAUUAUAUAUUUUCUUUUAUAAUCAUUGUUAUACAGUUUCUUUUAUGGCUGGUCUGUGGGCUUGUAAAUUUGUUAAAGCAUU